UUUGCCAUUCCCCGACGCCGGCGACGCCAGCGCUAACUCCUGGUCCCGCUGCCACCGACUCGCCGACGGCCGUUCCCGCAGCCCGCAGCCCGCAGCCUGCCGUGCUGCCAUCCAUCCCUCGCACCAAUAGGGACCGCAGUCGAUGCACACAAACCUAAAAAAUUAAUCGCCGAGCCCCCGACAUCAUCUUCCACCCCCCCACCGACCCGAUCUGUCUGUCCUGUCAGAUGGCGUUCGAUCCCUCUCGCCCGAACGGUCUGUCACCCACCUCCGACUCCGACGCGUCAAGCUCUUCCGCUUUUGCUACGCCUACGCUAUUGUUCGCCGCUGCGUUCAGACAUCACAGCCACAACCACCACUCGCACCCGCGCCCGCAAGCACAGUCACAUCCUCGCCCACAGGCACAGGCACAGGCACAGGCACAGGCACAGGCACAGGCACAGGCACAGGCACAGGCACAGGCACAGGCACAGGCACAGGCACACCCUCAUCCACACCCUCAUCCACACCACCUCCAGCCGCGCAGCAAAAGCAACAGCAACGGCAACAGCAACGGCAACAGCAACAGCAACGGCAACAGCAACAGCAGCCAAUACCCCUACCCCGUGCACCCACCGCCCUCCCAGCCCACACCACCACCGGGCGCCCUCCCCCACGCCCUACCACCAAUCCACCCCUCCCUCCCCCCCUCCCACACCCUCGCACCCCUCCACGCCCGCGCCCCCUCCACCAAACCCCCGCCCCCCUCAGACCACAAACGCCCGCGCGCCUGCGAGUCCUGCCGCUCCCUGAAAGUAAAAUGCGAGCCGCACGACUCCGCGGCGCCCACAGGCACAUGCCGACGGUGCGCGCGCGCGCACCGGGAGUGCAUAUUCACGCAGCCUACGCGUAAGCGCCGGAAGAAGACGGAUUCCAAAGUCGCCGAGCUCGAGAGGAAGAUUGAUGCGCUGACGGCGAGUUUAAGGGCUACUAGAAGGGCGAGGGACACAGGGGAGGGGGGGGAGGAUGGGGAAAGUGGGGAAAGUGGGGAGAGCGGGGAGGAGGGGGAGGAGGGGGACGGGGAAGGGGACGAGGAGGAGUCGCUUGGGCCGUCGUCGGCGAGCGAGAGGACGCCUGGGAAGCGGUGGAGGAGCGAAGAGGGCAGGCCGGUGAAGACGGAGUUGCCCGAGAAGGCGGCGGCGGCGGAUAGGUUCGCGCCGAACACCGAGUACGUCGACGUUAUCGACCAGCACAUACUGAGCGUCGACAUGGCGACGAAGCUGCUAACCUUCUACAACGAGAAGAUGGCCCCGCACUUCCCGUGCGUGAUCAUCGGCGCUGACACCACCGUGCAGGAGCUGCGCAAGAGCAAGCCGACGCUGCUCCUGGCCGUGCUGGCGAUUGCGAGCGGCGCAUCUCAUCCCCCGCUGCACAAGGCGCUGCAGAAGGAGACGACACGGUCGUUCGCGGAGCGCAUCCUCGUCAAUUCCGAGAAGUCGCUAGAACUCGUGCAGGCCCUCAUCGUCACGUCGAUAUGGUACUAUCCGUCGGACUCGUUCGAGACGCUGAACUUCUACACGCUCAUACACAUGGCCGCGGUGAUGGGGCUUGAUCUGGGGCUCGGCAGGAGACAGAAGUCGGGUGCGAGGAGGCAAGUGCCGCUUGCAAGGCCGCCUGGGAAGGGACCGGCACCGCCUGGGUUUGUGCCACAUCUCAAUCCUCUCUCAAUAACCGCGUCGUUCAACGCGUUAUCCACGAAAGAGCGGGAGAUGCCGGCUGGAGUCCCCGCCGCCGCGGGUAAGUACUGGUCGCGAUCGAGACCGCAGGGGAAGGAGCCACCACCGCCGCCUCGUAAUUCCACCCCGCUACCGGACCCGUGUACGAUGGAGGCGAGGCGGACAUUCCUGGCGUGUUAUUGGACGUGUUCGCACGUCGCGGUUUCUACCCGGCGACCGAACAUGAUGCGCAUCACGCAGUUCGUCAGGGAGUCGGUCGAUGUGCUGAUGACUAGUCCGCAAGCUGCAGCGUCGGACCAGUUGUUCUGUCAGUGGGUGAAACUGCAGAUGAUCGUCGAGGAGGCGGCGGCAACGUUCGAGUUCGAUGAUCCCAGCGCCGACUUGUCGAUUCGCGAUUCGAGGGUGCAGAUGGCUAUCAGGGGGUUCUCGAGGCAGCUCGAGAGUUGGAAGAAGUCGGCGGAUGGGUCGGUCUUGAAUACAACCAUCGAGGUGAACUUUCAACUGGCGAACAUGAUCGUCAACGAAGUGGCACUGCACGUCGACCACAACAUCGACGACUUCCGGCCGCCAUUCACGCAGCGGGUGAUCCGCGAGCCGAUAAUGCAGCCGAACGUGAUCAUCCCGUCGUACCACUCUGACGCGAUCUGCGCAUGCGUCUCCUCCGCACAAACGCUGCUGGACAAGUUCGUAACCUACAACGCCGACGAGCUGCACUGCAUACCAGUGUUCAUGUUCGUGCGCGUCGGCUACGCGAUCAUGGUGCUGAUCCGGAUCUGGGUGACCGCCGCCCUGCCGGACAGCGAGAUGGGCAAGAUCCUGCGCAAAGACGAGCUCAAAGUCGAAUACUACAUCUCGCGCUCCCUCGGCCACCUCGUCCGCGCGGCCAAGGCCGGCGGGAAGAGACCCGCAGAGAAGUUCACCAUGAUCAUCGUCAUGAUGCGCAGCUGGUACGCGGCGUGUCGCAUCGAGCUGGAGGGCGGGAAUGCGGCUGAUGCGAACGCUGAUGGCCGCUCGCCUGGACUGCCCGGUGAUAUUCCUACUACCCCUGAACCCCACGACGGCAGAAGCUCCCACCCCCAGACCCCGCUCCAGCUCCUCUCCGACGCCGCGGUCUCCGUUGACCGCGGCGCGAAGUAUCAGCAGCAGCAGGCGGAGCAGCACGCACAACACCCACCUCACCCGGAAGCCCACGAGCACGACCCACACCCCGAACACGCGCACCACCCGCCCGCCGCGGGCUACCACUUCGCGCCCCCUUCCUACUACCCGAGCCACUCCCAAAGCCAGAGCCAGCAGAGCCAGCAGUUCUACCCCCUCGUCAGCGGUGGGGGCGGUGACUGGUUCGAUGCGGGCGGGAUCCCGGGAUUCGUCGAGUUCCAGGCUGGCGAUGUGCCGCUCGGCCUCGGCGGCGUCGGCAGAGAGGUCUUUGCUGAUGAUACGUUCUGGGGGAUGAUUGAACAGGGGAAUGGCAUUGGUGAGGGGUAUGGCUGCGAGGGUGGGGGCGGGGGCGGGGGAGGGGGCGCGGGCGGUGGUGGGUAUGUUUGGCCUGGGGAGGGGUGGGGUGCGGAGUAG